AGUAGGCGAUCCGCGAAGGUUCUUUUGCCGUUUGUAUGCGCCCCCCUCCGAUAUCUGGGUGGGAUAUUAACUUCACGCGUUCGAAGUCAUAAAAAUUCAUUCAUCUUUCCGCGAAAGAUAAUCCGCGGCGCGUUGUCACGCGGUCGAUAAAGCGUCGUUCCGUUGGGCCGGUCUGCGGCGAUUAUUGCGAAAGGAUCCGACGUCUUUGUCAUUUUGACUGAAACGCUCGUUUCGCGAGAACGUCAGGGGAGAAAAAAGGAAAAAGGAGGAAAAAACUUUGUUACAUAGCGACCAGCAUAUGUCUGAAUAUAAAAUUGUGCACUGAAGUUUUUUUAAGCCGAAAUCUUCGUUACCCUUUCAUUAUUUCAUUUAAAAAUUAUUAUACUACUAUUAUUAUUAUCGUGAUUAUCGUGGUUCUACCGGGUCUGAGGCUUCGAGUGUUUACAAUGGUCCAAGGAAUCCUCGAGAUCGCGAGACCAACUCGAAGAAAACGUGAUUAUUAUCCAGUCAAAAUGGUAGAUUAGAGAUAGGCUCUUUAUUAGCUUUACUUUUAUUUAUUUUUUCUUUCGGCUUUUUGCAUUUUUCCCGUGUUACAAUAAGAAUAAAAUAAAAAAUAAAAAGCAACAGAGAUCGCAUCGACGCGGCUAAUGAAUUAAAUUUCACACGCUCUCACUCGAUUGUGUUGUGGAAACGGUUUUCAUACUCUCAGCCAAAUCGUUCACGUUUUAUUCUUCGCCGUGCGUAUUCGCUCGAGAAAACCCCUCGGAUUAUUGUCCUUAAAUUGUACAGACGCGCUCGUUCAUGGAUCAUUCCUGACAGAUCAAGGUUCAACCUGAAAUGGGUAGUUCUUGGUGGCAGUGUACCGCAUGCCUGAGAGCUCAGGAAGAAGACAUUUGUGAAUUACAGUUGAAUCACUGUAAUCUCUAUGACGUACCGCCGGACGUGUUCAUCUAUGAGAGAACAUUGGAGAAGCUUUAUCUUGACGCUAAUAGGAUAAAAGAUUUGCCGAGGCCGUUGUUUCAAUGCCAUGAGUUGCGUGUUCUAUCGCUCAGUGACAAUGAAAUUACUAAUCUACCACCCGCCAUAGCUUCGCUGAUUAAUUUGGAACAUCUGGACCUCAGUAAAAACAGUAUAAAGGAAUUGCCGGACAGUAUAAAAGAGUGCAAAAAUUUACGUUCAAUCGACAUUAGUGUUAAUCCAUUCGAACGCUUUCCCGAUGCUAUCACAUAUAUCGUUGGUCUUCGAGAGUUGUACAUAAACGACGCUUACAUAGAAUAUUUGCCAGCUAAUUUUGGGCGUUUAUCAGCCCUCAGAACUCUAGAAUUGCGCGAAAACAAUAUGAUGACUUUACCUAAGAGUAUGAGCCGGUUGGUUAAUCUGCAGAGGCUGGAUAUCGGAAAUAACGACUUCACGGAAUUGCCGGAAGUCGUGGGUGAUUUGACAAAUUUGACGGAGCUGUGGAUCGACGGUAACGACAUAAGACGGAUACCAGUUAAUAUCGAGCAGUUGUAUCGUUUGAAUCACUUCGAUUGUACAAUGAACGCCGUACAUUUGGUACCUGCUGAGAUUCAAGGCUGGCGCGACAUAUCAAUAAUGAAUUUCUCGUCAAACGAGAUAUAUCAGCUUCCGGAUUCUCUGUGCUAUUUGCGCACAAUAGUUACCCUUAAAAUUGAUGACAAUCAAUUGAACUCACUGCCAGUUGAUAUUGGACAAAUGUCAAACUUGGAGGAGCUUAUAGUUACUAAGAAUUUUCUCGAGUACCUGCCAUCGUCAAUAGGACUUUUGCGCAAGCUUCAUUGCUUGAACGCUGACAAUAAUUAUUUACGUAGCCUUCCACCCGAAAUCGGUAGCUGCACCGCUCUCUCACUGCUCUCAUUGAGGUCCAACAAUCUAUCGAGUGUACCACCCGAGUUAGGACAUUUGUCCUCACUCAGAGUUCUCAAUCUCGUCAAUAACUGCAUACAAUUUUUGCCCGUUUCUAUGCUCAAUCUUACCAAUUUGAAAGCUCUAUGGCUCAGCGACAAUCAGAGCCAGCCUCUUGUACCAUUACAACAAGAAUUUAAUACGGAGGAGGAUAUGAUGGUUCUCAGUUGUUUUAUGUUGCCGCAAAAACAGCGACAGGAACUCGAACAAGUGGAGCAAGCCGUGGGUCCCAUUUCCGGUUCGAUCGUUGGCACCGGAAGGAGAAUAUGUUUUGCCGCCGAAGUUGAAACCGAAGUACCCAGACAAUUACAUCGUGCACCAACCCCGUAUCCUAAAGAGCUCCGAAAUCUUGCCAGACACGCCCGCAACCUUCAACAUCAGACUGCGCACGAUCAGAGGGUCCAAGCGGAACGUGAGACUUUGAUUAAAGAAGCCGUUGUCGCUAAAGCUACCUCCGUUCUUGGUGUUGCUUCCAUUACUGGGACCUGCCCCGCACAAACUAAAAGCAAUAAGAAUUCUUCCUACAUAUCUUCCACAACUGGUGAAAAGCAGUCGGAGAAAAUUAACAGCGCGAACGGUUCGGUGAGUCGGGAUAAAAGGUUCGAUAAAAAUGAGGACACGAACGAGGAAGGAAAAUGCACCGUAAUCGCGAAGGAAAUGAGCCCGGAGAUACGAGAAGCGAAAUGCGUACGUAAUCCAACGUCGGAUUGUCUCGCAAGAACGCCGACUAUUGCGGAUUACGUCAACUCGACGUGGAAACCAGAAGAAUAUUCAAAAACAAAUACCGCGAAAAUCGUUGAAUCGGAAAAACUUGCUGAACCGUACAAAAACACAUCGUUUAAUACGAGAAUCUCGGAUCGGUCGAGUUUGCCUACGGGAAAAACGAACGAAGUUCCUCCUGCUCCUCCGCCUUAUCACAUAGCUGCUGCCUUUUCUAAAAAAGCUGCCCUUUUUCAACAAUUUAAUCAUGCUCUACGAUCAAACAACUCAUCUUCACCGUUACCAACAGUAUGUACGAAUCAUGAAGUGGCUUCUCCCCAGCAUCUGCAAAAUUCCUCGAAAACGCCCGAAAAACUAGAAAAAUCUUUGCAUCCCGGAUCGAUAAACGAGCGCGAAAACGAGUCACAAAAUUCAUUGGCGAAUGGUGACGUUCCAGGACGUGGAGACACGCACGAAGCGAAAGAUCGUGCACGUGGGAACGCGGCGUUAGAAACAUCGCCGAAUAUUACGGAGAAUCAUUUGGAGGGUGAUCGGCUGGGAUUAAAACCGAGCAGAAUCCCUAUUUUUCGUACGAAAAAUCCUGAGGGUUCGAAUUUGGAAAUUGAUUCACCAGAAAAGUAUGCCUCGGGGGAAGAUUUCGAGAGGUUGAGGCUGGAUCCUUCGGAAAUACCGACUUCGCCAGUGACAGGCAAAAAAUAUCGUAGUCCGCUGUCUCUGCAAACACGUUUAUCCGAUCGCUCGUUGAAACGUCAAACGAACAAUGGAAAUUUCUCUCUCGAAGAAACAAACUGUCGUGGAAGUCCGAAUGGAUCUUUCGAGUCCUGCAACAACGGUUCCGGGUUAAAAACUCCCGGCAAAGAUACGCGCAGAGAUGACAAUAUAGAAAGUACAAAUUCCCACUCGUUCUCAUCAACGUUUGCCAAUAAUUGCUUCGUUGAUGAACUCAAUUCCAACAACUUGGAAAGAAACAACGCCUCAGUCAUGAACUCGUCGUAUGAAACUUCCAAUGAUCUUGACUCGAUCGACACCAACAAAUACGAUCACGACGACAAUGACAAUCCGGAUAGAAGACCGAGGCAUCGAUGGAUGUUUGGUCCGCACAAAAACGUUAACGUGUUAUCUGUUCAAGUGAGAAAAAAUCCGGGGCUCGGAUUCAGCAUUGCGGGAGGAAUAGCAGGCGCCGAAACGGGCAUAAUUGUGACGAAGGUGAAUCCUGAUGGACCCGCCCAGGGGACUUUACGUCCAGGUGACAAAAUACUGGAAGUCGAUGGAAUAGAUUUCACAAAGUCGGAUCACAAUACCGCCGUAGCAGUGUUGCGAUCAACAGGAGCAAUAGUGUCGAUGCUAAUCAGCAGACAUCAAUGAACAAAUUUCUUCAUGAAUCUUAUGGGAAAACGAAUUUUUCAUCAUUUCAAAGAGUCUAAAUUUACGUUUGAGAAAGUUCGUAAUUCCAGUGGAAACCUAUACAAAAACAAAAUCAUGCACGCCAAGAAGCACAAAUGCACUUUUUUCUGUCUAGACUGAGUAGAAUAAAGAAAUUCGCUUGACCCCUUCGCAGUGUGGUGAAAAUGAGAUUUUCGUGCCAUUUUCGGGUUGAACAAAAAUUCUCAUAAAUUAAACCACGAUGUACAAUCGAAUCGAUGCAGUAGAAAUAUGUUGUUUUUCAAAUGCCCUUAUGCGUGUCGUGACACAAAAAUGGCACAACUUUUUUUUGCCCCUAUGCGUGUCACUCACAGUGAAGGGGUUGAUCGUUUAAUUUGAUCCGACGGGAUCAAACUAGAAGAACAGGAGCGUUAAACGUACUUUCGAAAACGUUUCGAAGAGAGAUUCAAUUUAUUUUUCAUCAAAAUGAACAUCCCGCGAAGCCAAAGAUUGGCAGAAAAAUGAGAGCGGAAAUAAUGUUGUUUUUACAUUUUGUAUACGAGCUUCAAAUUCGUUGAGUAAUAUCUAUUUCGAAGAGUUCAAUUAUAAUAAUGAUUGGAGGAGGAAAAAAUGGUUGUUAGAAAAUUUCUUUUGAAUCAUGAGGACUGUGUUUUUCGUUGUUCAAUCGAGUCGCGAUGUAAUGUUUACGCACAUUUUUCCCUCUUCCUGAGCACAAACGCGUAUUCAACAGUAAAAGGGAAAAGAGAUCGAACGAAGAGUGAGUUUCGUGAAAAACAAACGUGAAUUUGACUCGACACUCGUUCGUUCUGUUUUACCGUACUGACAAUGUGCCACAAACAAAACAAACAAAUAUUUAUUAACGAUAUACACGCAUAUUACAAACAUAAAAAUAUAUGCACAUAUAUACAUAUAUAUCAAUAAAUAUGUAUAUAUGUUUAUGUAUUAUACAUAUAUAUUAUACACAACAAAAAUUUAUAUGAUAUAGUUAUUCGGAUUAAGACGUAGAAAAGAAAGGAAAGAUAUUCUUCUAUGUGCCGUACUUUUAUCGGAUAUAAUGUUAUAUAUAUACACGUAUCGCACUGUUAUCAACGGUAUAGGAUACUCUAUGACUGGUUACAAUAAUUUAGAAAUUCACAGCCCGAUGUUGUCUGCUUGGUCGUUUUUCUUUGCUUAAAAAAGAUCGUUUUCGUGGAUAGAUAAUCUCUUUUUUUUCAUGCUCAUCGUUUCAUGUUUCCGACUGAUUGAGGUCAUUAGGUCGUGUAUUUUUGUUCGAUAUCUCCUGAUUUUUGUUCCAUUGGCAAAUGAUGAGAAGCGAAAUAAAGUUGAGGCGAGAAUAAUUUCGAAAGAGGCAUAUUUACGGGCUGAAUUUGUUAGAUCGUUCAUAACUUUCGAUUCUUCUAUUUUUUCAUGAAUUUUUUAAUUUGUUAUAACUUGUGAAACCGCCAUUUGAAAAAAGCUUUCUUUCCCUGUGCAUUUGUUGUAGUUUUGCGACGUGUUUUUUCUCUAGUUCACAAAGCUCGUGGCUUUUUAUGAGCGUUGUUAGAAUUAUUGUCUCGGAGGAUUAUAGACGCGUUAGGACCACUUUGCAUGAGUGUUAUUAGUGAACAGAAAUACUGCCAUUCGAAAGAAAAAUAUUGUAUCGUUCUUGUUCGUAUUAUCGUACUUGCAUUUAUUUCUAUUCGACGUUUCGUGGCAACUCCUCUGUUCUUCUUCUCAGCAACCGACUGACGUUGGAAGAGUCGUGUAGAACAUGUCGAGCACUCAUUUAUCGUAAGUGCGAUUGCAUCGAUAUUUACUCGAAAUUGAAGAAAAUGUAAAUUCCAAACCUCUUUCGACAAAUGUACCCUCCGACCGUAGAUUUCUUUAUUACGGCAGUACCUUCGAUAUUUAAUAACACGUAAGACGUCCUGUGACGCGACACUAUGAGACUAAACCAGAGAUGGUUGCGUUGUAUCACUUUUUUCUCACUUACGAUCUUUCGUGAACGAAACACGAACAGAUUCAAUAUCGUAUUUUUCUAUGUUUCAUAUUUCUACUGGUCUUCAAAAAAAGUGCAAAAUUUUUCUCACAAAUUUCGGUAUUCAUAUAUCUAUAAGAUUGUUAUUCAAAAAUUAUAUACGCGGAUGAAAAUGAAGAAAUAAUUUCUCGUACCCAUCUUUGGACUAAAAAUUAAAUGGAGUUUUUACGCUUCUCUUUGCGAUAUAUAAAAAAAAAAAUUCUCAACACGAAUAAAGCACACACAAAUGCAGUUGAACUGCGACUAUGUUUAACUCGAAAAUUGAGAUUUGCUGCGAUUCGACAGGCUCAAUUCGGUAAAUCAUGGAUUUCCUAUUUUUUAAAAAUUUUCAUACGCUUUUUUUUCGUGAAUUUGUGAAUUUGAAGGAACAGAACUUGGUACAACAAGUUGACUGAAUUAUUUUUCGCGUUGUUUUCUAAUCUAAUGCUUCAGGGUUUGGACCUGUGAAAUGGGAGCUUGUCGGAACAGCGAAUCUCUAGUUUUUCCAUCGAUAAUCAACCAUCGACUCUAUUUUUUUGUCGUCUUCUUCCAUGGAUUCACUAGCACGUAAGAUCCUUCUGCGAGCGAAGACUUCGAGUGAUAAAUACAUAAAACAUUGAAACAAGUGGACACACAAAAAUUAUUAUCGUUAUAGCAUUACAAUAGAGAGGGAAGAAGCGAAAAAGAGCAAUUUCUUCGUGUCACGAAAUGAAUCAUUUCGAAGUUCAUCGCCUCUGGAUUUAAGAUUUUGCGAGAGCGAAGUAAGAUUCGGGAAUCGUUGCAACAGCUGAAUUUCAUGACAUUAUCUCGGUAAUUUUGAAGGAUUAAAGUAACCAAUCGAUUUCCUGAAUAUCUAAGAAAAAUGCGGCGAGAAAAAUCAUGAGCACUCGAGCAAUAAUAAUCAGUUCAUCGGUUGCUAUUUUUCACUAAAACGUAUUUAAGAAAUCACACGGACACGCUCGUAUAUAUACGUCAAGUUCAAUUUAGCGCCCUAGUCAUAUUGGAAGAUUUUUUGCCAAGUCCGACUGUAAUGUGUGAACGUAUACAUAUAUAUGAAUAUAUAUAUUUAUUAUGCAUAUUCUCAUACCAGAUUCUGCUCUACGAAAAAAAUGUCAUUUUUUAACUGCGAAAAGAAACUCGUAUGAAAAUUCUAGCAAGGGAAUUAUUGAAAAUUUGUCUAACCCGAUGAUCAAACGAUGAAAUUCAAUUGAGAAUGGGGUCGUUUUCAAAAGCAUCGGGUUUGUUUUCGAAAAAUACAUCUCCGAGGGUUUCUUUCCAUGAGAAUUUUUUAACGGGAUUUUCUUUUGGCAAAUCGGAGUUAAAAGUCGAGAGCACUCGUGAUCAACUGAGGCAAGAAUGUGAAAGGUGAUAUAUGUGAAUAUAUAUUUUUUCGUCGUUGAAAAUUUCAUUCGAAUUGACGUUAUGAAUAAUACUCUCAAUGACACUGAUGUUUCAUUAAACUUUGGUGUUUCGAUCGUGCCCAGUUAAAACUUAUUAUAAGGACAAAUGGAAGAAAGAAUAAAAAAUAUAACAAAAUAAUAAUUAUAACAACAAUAAUAAUAAUUGUAACGAAUAAGUUUUCAAUGAAGCGGAGAUUUUUUAAAGUGUCAGAAUAUCUCGGUCGUCGGGGCCGAGAGAAAGAGGGGGAGAGAGAACAGUGAGAUCUCAAGUCAAAUGACGGAUUAGAUUGUAAAUAAAAUAAUGACUAUCCAAGGACCACGAAUAUGAAAAAAAUUUUAAAAUAACAAAAAAAAUGAACGUACACCGUUUCUACUUCUCCUACUCCAACUAAACAGACUGACUAUAUACGUUUUUCGAUGAUUUGUAUUAUCGUAAUAAUAUAACGUAGUGUUUGAUGGAAAAACUAAACCGAAAAGAUCAUACUAUCUGAAAAUAAAAUGACUAAAAUCCACUGAAAAACGUUGAAAGAACCGCAUGUGAAAUUUGUGAAAUGGAAAAAUACAAAAUAAAUAUAAAUGUAAAUAUA